CAUGCCUUGCACACAAUCGCCGCACGUUGCCCGGUCGCUUCCGCGUGGUUUUAUUUGGGGCAACCAGCAGCUAGCCGAUGGCCAAGAGGGAGAGGGCGGCGUGGGAGGUGGAGGCGGGCGCCGCCGCGGACACGGCCCGCCUGCUCAUGCUCCUCGCGCAGGCGCAGCAGCAGCACCUCCUGCAGCAGCACGCCCACCACCACCACCACCACCACCACGGGGUCGGGGUGCCGCCGUUCCCCGCGGGGCGCGCCGCAGUGCACGGGCGCGUGUUCGAGUGCAAGACGUGCAGCCGGCAGUUCCCCACGUUCCAGGCGCUCGGGGGCCACCGCGCCAGCCACAAGCGCCCGAGGGUGCUCCAGCAGCAGCAGCUACAGCAGCAGCAGACAGUCGUCGCCGAUCACGCGGGGCAGCUCUGCCUCGGGCGCCAGCCGCUGCAGCUGCCGCUGCCGACGACGACGACGCCGCAGCAGGCCAAGCCGAGGGUGCACGAGUGCCCCGUAUGCGGGCUGGAGUUCGCCGUCGGCCAGGCGCUCGGCGGCCACAUGCGCCGGCACCGCGCCGAGGCCGAGGCCGAGGCCACCGAGGCGCCCAGCAAGGUGAUGAUGCGCCCGGCGCACGACAAGACCUGCGACGUCGCCGGUGGGAUCUGCCUGGACCUCAACCUCACGCCGUCGGAGAACUGCGCCAAGUGCCGGAGCGUGGUGGUGCUAGGCGCCGCCGCCGGGCAGGGUGUACAUAAGACGCUCGCCAUGUUAGAUUGCUCGCUGUAGUAGUUGAGCCUUCUUCUUCAUUCCGUUAGACUGCACAUAGAUGAUAGAUCUUGUUCUUUCAUGGCGGUUUGUUUGUUUUGUUUCUCUGCUCAUCUUGGUAUACUGUUCCAUUGUUACCUUUUGGGUUAACCCAAUUCCUGUUGGGGAAAAAGACAUGUUAGAUUCUGUAGUUCUCUGCUGUAAACUGUAUCUUCUUAGGCCAGGGUAGUUUUGAAGGAAAUAAUAGAGAUGAACUCUUGCGUCUUUUUGCGGUGUAAAUAGUAAUAAAUUAAAUCAUUAUAUGCUUCA